GGGAGGUGCUUCUCGCCACCUUGCAGCUCACUGGUCGCUUGCUCGUAUUUUCUUUCUUCCUUUCCUUUUUUUUAUUUUUUUUUUCUCUUCCCAUCUGUCAGUCUCGCUGCCAGCCCCGGCGGGUCGCGGCUCCAGGCCGGGUUUUGGCAGCGCUGUCCGCCCCGUCCACGCGCGGCCCCUCGCGCGGUGCUGCCCGCUCCGCUCAGCCCGUUCCUGCCGCCCGGGGCUGUGUCCUGCGGCCCCGCUCGGUGUCCUGCGGCCCCGCUCGGUGUCCUGCGGCCGGUUCCUGCCCAGCGCUGUGCCCCCCAGCCCAGCUCCCGGCCAGGACGGGCCACACGCCGAGGUUCGGGGUUCGCAGAGGCCGGCGGCUCCCGGGGUGACCCCCGUGCUUCUCCCCCCGCAGCGGCUCGGCUGGAGAUGCAGAGCACCCCAAACUACCUCUGGAGCACCGAGGACCUCCUGGGCCAGGGCGCCACGGCCUGUGUCUACAAAGCUCGCAACAAGAAAUCAGGGGAGCUGGUUGCUGUGAAGGUCUUUAACAAUGCCAGCUACCUCCGGCCCCAGGAGGUCCAGAUGAGAGAGUUUGAGAUGCUGAGGAAGCUGAACCAUAAAAACAUUGUCAAACUAUUUGCUGUGGAAGAGACAGGCAGCAGCAGGCAGAAGGUGCUGGUGAUGGAGUACUGCUCCAGUGGCAGCUUGCUGAACGUGCUGGAGGACCCAGCUAACACCUUUGGGUUGGCAGAGUCCGAGUUCCUCAUCGUGCUGCAGUGUGUGGUGGCCGGGAUGAACCAUCUCCGCGAGAACAGCGUCGUGCACAGGGACAUCAAACCCGGCAACAUCAUGCGGCUGGUGGGGGAAGACGGGCAGAGCGUCUAUAAACUGACAGAUUUUGGGGCCGCCCGAGAGCUGGACGAUGAUGAGAAGUUUGUGUCUGUCUAUGGGACGGAGGAGUAUCUCCACCCGGACAUGUACGAGCGCGCGGUGCUGCGCAAGCCGCAGCAGAAGGCGUACGGGGUCACCGUCGACCUCUGGAGCAUCGGGGUCACCUUCUACCACGCUGCCACUGGCAGCCUGCCCUUCGUCCCCUUCGGGGGACCCCGCAGGAACAAGGAGAUCAUGUACAAAAUUACCACUGAGAAGCCUCCUGGAGCCAUCGCAGGGGUCCAGAGGCAGGAGAACGGGAGCAUUGAGUGGAGCUACGAGCUGCCUGUUACCUGCCAGCUCUCAGAGGGGCUGAAGGACCAGCUGAUACCCAUUUUGGCCAACAUCCUGGAGGCGGAUCAGGAGAAAUGCUGGGGCUUCGACCAGUUUUUUGCUGAAACCAACGACAUUUUGCACAGGAUGGUGGUUGAUGUCUUCUCCCUGCAGCAGGCUUCCUUGCAUCGCAUCUACAUCCACUCCUACAACACUAGCACCAAGUUUUUAGAGGCUGUCUUCAAACAGACAAAUAUAGUCCCUCACCAUCAAGAAUAUUUUUUUGAAGGUCAUCUCUAUGAGUUGGAUCCCAAUUUACAAGCUCAUAAUUUCUGCAAAACCACAGAGCACAACCCUCUGACCUUGCUGAGCACUGCUGAGCAGCCAGAAGAUGUGGUAGGAGUGAGAUACAGAGACCCGGCACUCAGCUUUCCAAAGCUUGUCCCCAAGGUGGACGUGGUGGCCGACUGCAGCGCAGCCAAGAGCGCGGUGGGCGCCGGGCACCAGACGCUGCGCAUCGCCCGGGCCCUGCGGCGCUGCCGGGAGCUGCUGGCCAGAGGCCUCCACUGGGUGAUCGGGACGCUGAGGACCGAGUGCUCGCGGGUGCGGGAGCAGCGGCGCGGGGCGGCGGUGCUGGCCGGGCUGCAACUCACCGAGGUGAAGACCCGCGGGCUGUACGAGGCUGUUCCUGCAGGGGUGCCGGCCCUGAAGGACGUGGCCGUGGUGAAGACAAGGCUGCAGAGGGUCGCUGAGGAGCUCUCCCAGUGCUCCCACAACAUUUCUGACUUCCAAGGGGCACUGGACAGCAUUCUGUCUGAAGUGGUGAAGGACAGACAGCAGGUGCUUGAAGACAAAAGCAUCCAGCAGAUCGAGUGCUGCCUGGAGAAGAUGCAGCUGAUCCACAAGCAGUUCAAGAAGGCCAGGACGUGCCUGCGACUGGGCUACAACGAGGAGCAAAUACACAAGCUGGAUAAGGUGAAUUUAGGACAUCUGGCCAGGAAGGUUCUGUUGAUUUUCCAGGACGACUGUGUCCAGCAGUACCAGGAGGCUCUGACCCUCCAUGGCAGCAGGAUGAGGAAAGUUUGUGAGAUAAAGAAGCACUUGAAGAGGCUCAGCAACCACAUCAGUGCCUGCAGUGUGGAGGUGAUGCAGUGCCAGGACUGCCUGCAGAGUGCCCUGGACAGGUUUCUCCAGACAGAGAAACAGAGUUUGGCCCCAGUUCCUCCCACACCUUCACCCGUCCAGCUGAGCCCAGCCCGGCAGGAGAUGGCUUUUCGGAUGCAGGAGCUCCUGGAGCAGAUGAGGUCAGUAACGUGUGAUCUCCAGCUCAACAACAGCAUCAUCGAGCGGUUAAGUGGGGCUGCCCCUGCUCCCGGCAUCUGAGAGAUGUGAUGAGUUUGCAGGAGCUGAAGGAAACCACUCCCCACAGCAGGGAACACCAGCAGCACUUGGGGUCCAAGGCGACGGGGAUGUCUGAUGUUGGUGUUUGAGGAGCUCUGUGUCCUACCUCUCUGCUCCAGCACUUUUGCAAGGUUCACCAGCAUUAGCUUGGGGUGACCUGCAAGCCUUGGGCCUUUGGAAGUUUGGCCAGAAAACUGGGGUUAUUUUUUUUUUCCUGUUAACAAAUGCUUGAAGGACUUGUUCUUCUAGCUUCUCUGUAUCACCAUGUUGGAUGAUGAAGAGGAAGAGACUAGACUGGUAAAUUAUCUUUUGCCACCUUACUCUUUUAGGGAUUACUCCCACUUUUAAAAUACUUCUGCUCCCUGAGGCUUCGUGGAGCAGAGCAGGAGGGAUGUUGUGCCUGAUGGAUGGGACCAGAUCCAGCCCAGAAUGGCUCCAGUGCCCUGCCCAGGAGGUGACAGCUCAGGGAAGGCAGGAGCUGCAGCCUCUGCUCCUGCUCCAGCCCAGCCCAGUGUUUGGGCUGCUGAGGGGGUUGGGAAUGGGAAGCUGAGGGAGGCUUCUCUUUUUUUUUUUUUUGGUAUGUUUCUAUAAAUGCAACUGAUUCGGUGUUUAUGCA